GGAGGAGCCCUGGGAAGCGCUGCCGCCGCCGGCCGGCGCCGCCGCGGGCUCCGGGUGCAGACGGGAGGCGGCCGGAGCCAUGUUGGGCAGCGGGGCCAGGGCGGCCAAGCCCUCCUUCGUGUCCUACAUCAGCCCGGAGGAAAUACACAUAAAGGAACCCAUAGAAAAGGAAGUAAAUCCUCGUUUGUUACCAGGUGAACAGCUGCUUUGUGAAGCAAACACAGUGUACAAGUACAUACAAGAAGAUGGGUCAAAUCGUGGCACAUACGGGAAACUCAUAUGCACAAACUUCAAGAUUGCUUUCCUUGAUGAAGAUUCUGCUUCAGAUGACAAUGAGCCACAAUUCAAAAAUAAGAUCGUAGGAGAAAAUGACAUAACCCUGCAAUGUGUAGAUCAAAUCUAUGGAGUUUACGAUGAGAAAAAGAAACUUCUAACUGGACAACUGAGAAAAUACCCAGAAAAACUAAUUAUCUAUUGUAAAGACCUUAGAGUAUUUCACUUCUGCCUCAGAUACACAAAAGAAGAGGAAGUAAAAAGAAUCGUCAGUGGCAUAGUUCAUCACAGCCAGACACCUAAGCUGCUUAAACGCUUGUUUCUGUUCUCUUAUGCAUCAGCUGCCCCAAACAACACAGAUGGAAGAAACCAAACUAUGAUGUUUGAUACUCUUGAGGACUGGCGUGAUGAAUUGGAACGGACUAAAGGGAAUGUGAAAUAUAAAGCGGUAGUCACCAAUGAAGGCUACAGAGUGUCCGAAAAGUUGCCUUUGUAUUUUGUUGUUCCCAUAUGUGUGUCUGAAGAGAGUAUCUUGAAGUUCCAAGGCAGAGGCAUUCCUAUUUGGUGUUGGUCUUGCCAUAAUGGGGCUGCUCUUCUCAAAAUGUCUGCAUUUCCCAAAGAACAGGAUGACAGCACUUCACAAAUGCAAAAAGCCUUCUUGGAUGGAAUCUAUAAGACAAUUAGUAAACCUCCCUAUGAGCUCCUGAAAACGGAUGACCUGUCCAGCAGCCUUCCAUCUCUGCAAGAUAUCCAGACUGCAUACAUGAGAUUUAAACAGCUGUUCUUGAUAGAUAACAGUACAGAUUUCUGGGCUACUGAUGUGAAAUGGUUUUCAUUGUUGGAGAGCACAAACUGGCUAGAAAUUAUCAGGCGAUUCUUGAAAAAAGCAAUUGAAGUUGCUGAAUGUCUGGAAAGACAGCAUACAAAUGUUCUCCUUAUAGAAGAGAGUGCUACUGAUCUGUGCUGUGUAAUCUCCAGUCUGGUUCAAGUGAUGAUGGAUUCAUACAGCAGAACAAAGUCAGGAUUUCAGAGCCUUAUUCAGAAGGAGUGGGUAACUGGAGGACAUGGCUUUUUGGAUCGUUGCAACCACUUGCAUAAAAAUGACAAAGAGGAGGCUCCUGUUUUUCUGCUCCUGUUAAACUGUGUUUGGCAGUUGGUUCAACAGUAUCCUCCAGCAUUUGAGUUCACAGAAACUUACUUAACUGUCUUGUCAGACAGUCUUUAUAUACCUAUUUUUAGCACUUUCUUCUUCAACUCGCAAUAUCAGAAAGACACUAAUACGACUGGUGAAAGCCUCAAGACACAAAGUGGUCCUUUCAAAUUUCUUACUGUGUGGGACUGGUCUGUACAGUUUGAGCCCAAGGCCCAGGCUUUGCUGAGCAACCCUCUUUAUGCAGAGAAGCCAAAACCAGAUAAGAGUCAACGGAAACCUACCCGAUUCAAACAUCAACGGCAGCUUUCUUUGCCAUUGACACAAACGAAAUCUUCUCCGAAGAGAGGAUUUUUCAGGGAGGAAACGGAUCAUUUAAUUAAAAACAUUCUGGGCAAAAGAAUUGGCAAGUUCAUAAAUUCUUCAGAUGAACCUCAUAAUAGCUUCAGAGAAUUCUAUGAUAGCUGGCAUAGUAAACCUGUUGACUAUCAUGGUCUUCUGUUACCUUGCAUCGAUGGGCCAGAAAUCAAAGUCUGGGCUCAACGGUAUUUACGAUGGAUUCCUGAAGCCCAGCUUCAUGGUGGUGGCACAAUAGCCACAGCUGCCAAGAUUUUGGACCUGAUGGAGGAAGUACAAAGCUUGCAAGUGAAAAUGGAUGAAGAACAUAGUCAAGCUAUUUCUCGAGAUGUGCAAGCUGUCCCAAUGCUGAGAAAUUCUGCUCGUUUGUCAUCCUUGUUUCCAUUUGCUUUACUUCAGAGACAAUCUAUCAAGCCAGCUUUACCUACUAGCACUUGGAAAGACUUGGAAGAUGAAGAUGACUUGGUCAAGAGGGAUGAUGAAUUUGUUGACUUAAGUGGUGAUAUGUCAUAAAGUGUAUAUAUAUUAAAGUAUGAUUUAUGUGGCUGAGGUCUGUGCUUUAAAAGUUUUGCUAUAUUCUAAUGUAAGAAACUUGCGCAAGCAUCUGCAGCCUAUUUAGUCAGUUUGUGGGGUUAAAAAAAAGCUGAGUUGGAAAAAAAUAGUGGCCAUGAUUAACUGAACACAUUUUGAACUUCCAUUUCACUCUAAAUGUUGCAACAACACACUUCAGCAUAGGUGUAAUAAAAACAGAGGUCUUUAACAGAGUGGCCAUAUGGCCACUCUGUACAAAAAAAAUGGAUGCUUUCUGAUGUAAAGGUGGAAUACUAAAUAUGUAUGCAAUAUUAAUCAUGAGGAAUCUAUUAGACAUCAAUCUUAUCCUUCUUCCCCUUGAGCUAGAAAUAUUAAGAUUGGCAGUCACUGUCACUAGGAGUUGUUAAUACAUCUGCAUUUUUUUCUUCUUUUCACAUGUGAAAUAAACAGGGGAAGGUGGUAACAAAAUGUGUGUUCAUGAGUAAUCUUGUUACAGCAGAGGAAUAAACCUGUUGUCACCAUAAAUUUUGUCUACCAUGGCAUGAACUAAAGUCAUGCAUUUGUCAACCUCAUCUUUUCUGAUAGUGUUCACCUCUGGCUUGCAGAACUUCACCUUGUGUAGUAAUAUGAUGGCGGCUUGCAUGUUCUAAGCCUCUGCAUGCUUAGGCAUCAGGCCCAAGGGCUUAACUACAUGUUGAGCCUAACUGUGUGGCUAUUGUGCUAGACUCUCUCGCUGCUUUGGUGUGUUAAUUCACAAAUGUUUGCUGUUAACUGUAGGAAAUGGCCUGAGACUCUGACUUGCCAGGAGUACUUUUUCUUUCUUAAUGAGAGUUUCAUUCUAGACUCCCAGUUUAUGCCAAUUGCCUUUGAGGCUUUUCGUAGCUUGCACUGAGACCCUCCACAAAGAAGGGAAAACAGUUUUGUAAUCCUGCAGGGAAGUUGGAUUUGCAGUCUAUUGCCACUUGUUAGGAGUUGAUGGUAUAGCUCAUGAAUGUGGCUUUCAUAUACCAUAUGAACACUUGUAUCCUGUUGCUGGAUGUCACAGCAGUACCUCAGUGAAAAAAGCCAUAGAAAUGCCUGUCAACUUUUUGAUCUACUGUGUGUGUAUGUUCAUAUAUAAAAAUAUUUUAAUGCAAAUAGCUGUCCUUUGUAAAGUUGAGCUUUACUCUGUCAAAUGUAUUUUGAGUGCUUAAUUCUACAAUACCACAAGAAUGGAUGCAAGUCAUAAAAUAGUUACUUUGAGAGGGUAGAAAUUGAAUGUUUUCUGUACUCUAGUACAAAUUUAAAAAUCCAUGCUGGAAGACUUGGAUGAUAGCAAAACUGUCACUUAAAUUGGAUCAGCUCGUUGUAAUCGGGGCUAUUAAACUAGGUUAAUGAUCAGUCACUGCACACUGAAUUAGAGUUAAUAUGUAUAGCAAAAACUAUCUGCAGCCCUUUAAAAAUAAAUAUUAAUCUGUUAAAUAUGUAAAGGAGGAGGGGAGCUCAAUGCAACUCAGUGCCAAACUGAAGCUUCUCAACUCUUGAUUUGCCUUAAGUCUUAGUAGUGAAGAGACAAUAUUGAAGUUAAUAGCCUUUUGUUUAAAAAGGAAAUGCUAGUGCUUGCAUUUACUUCCAUGCUACGUGUGGUCUUAAGGCUAGCACUUGCUAGAAUGGGCUGUCCUGCACUUGUCCUUCAGACUUUAUUGCUAUGACUCAAGUGACUCAUAUGCAGCAAUACUUUGCAUGUGAUAUGAGCAAUGUAUUGUGGGGAAGAAAUACUUAUCAUUCUAAGGUGUGUGUUUUUUUUUUUUUUUAAGGCACUGCUAUUGGAAAAACUGUUAAAUGGAUUUUUUCUAUACUUUUGAUCAAACUUGUUGUAAUGUUUCAGUCAUGAAGAUAAUGUAUUUAUAUUAAAGAACAGAUGUUGGACAUCUUAUUUGUACAUAAGUUAUCAAAGUUUAUAUAGAAGAGACAUAUAUGUGGAACUGAACAUGGGAACACUUGUGAUGUAGAAUAAAUGCCAUUGUUUUGGGUUUUCUGCACUAUGGGAUUGGAAAUGUACUUAAUAUUUUUUACUCCAGGCUUCUGUUUAUACCUCCAAGUUUUUACACUGAAUGCAAGCUAGAAGCUUUACAGUUCUUUUAAAAAUGCUGUUAUUUCUCUAGUGGGCUGUUUGGAGACUUUCAAUAAAAUAUACUUUGACAUA